UCAUCAGAAUUCCUUCCUAUAAAAUCCGGAACAGUCGCUCAAUCCUCAUUAAAGCAACUGAGAGUCGGUUUAUGAAUUUUGUUCAGACAGCACAACAGAUUUUCUACAGUGACAUGGCUUCUGUGGACAUUGUGAACAACCAGAAUGUGGUUGACCGGAUAGUUCACCUUCCCUUGGUUAUUUCCACCUAUGGAAUGGUGUCAAAUGUGUACUGCAACACCAAGAAUAACUAUCCUUACUUGAAGUCUGUAUGCGAGGUGGCUGAGAAUGGUGUGAAAUCCAUAACCUCAGCUGCUUUUUACAGUGCUUUACCAAUCAUUGGCAAACUAGAGCCUCAGAUCUCUAUGGCAAAUGACCUGGCGUGCAAAGGACUGGAUAAGAUAGAGAAGACUCUGCCGAUCCUACACAAGCCAUCUGAUCAGAUUGUCAAAGAGGCAGUGACGGGAGCCAAGGAAGCUGUCAGCGGUACCAUGAACGGUGCCAAAGAGUCCCUCGGUGAAGUGAUGGACCGAACACGAGGGGUAGUUCAUGGCGGUGUGGAAAAGACCAAGACAGUGGUUAGUGGACGAGUCCAAACAGUGAUGGAGAGCAGGGCAGUGAAACUGAUGAGCAACAGAGUGGACACAGCACUGAGCACAUCUGAGACUCUGCUGGAGCAGUACUUACCUGAAACUGAGGAGAUGAAAGAAUGUGAAGGGAAUAACAGUGAUGCACCCAGUUACUAUGUGCGACUGGGGUCUCUUUCCAGCAAAGUCAGGGACAGGACGUACCAGAGAGCUGUAGAUAAGAUUGAAAAUACCCGGAAGAGUAUUGAUGUGUCUAACCAGAAGCUACAUCGGAAACUGAGUUCACUGAUGGGCUGGAAGACUGGGAGUCAGAGUCAAGAAGAGAACGAGACAGUCACAGACAAUGAAGCUGAGCAAACAGAAUCACACACACUGACCAUUGUCUACAACCUCAGCCUGCAACUUCAGACCACGUAUCUGGUCUUGGUGUCCAGCCUCAAAAGUCUCCCUCAGCACGCCCAGGUCCAGGUGGCCUCUGUCAGCCACUCAGCCAUGGAAGUAUACAGCAGCUUCAGUAAGACAGCCGUCAUAGAAGAUGUGUCCAGUACCAUACUCGUCAUCAGUCGAUCUCAGCUGAGCAGAAUAGGAGAUUCCAUGGACAACGUCAUGGACUACCUGCUCAAUAAUACACCUCUCAAUUGGCUGGUAGGUCCGUUUUACCCACGCGCGGCACGCAGUACUUCAAACGGCCCUAAAUGUAACAAACAAAGGACCCUUCAGCCUGAAGUGGAGAUGCAGUCAGUGCAUGAGGACCGAUGAAAUUUCAGGAUAUUAAACAUUUGUUUAUAUCUUACAAUUAUACGUACAAUCACACAUUCCUGCCAAUAAAAUCCAGUCAAAUAUUUUAUGUGAACAAUCAUAUUAGAUAAACAGCAUUUUAAUGAAUAAUGUUUCUGAAGUAUUCUAAGCCUUAUCCAGUUAGGCAUAAAUAGUGCCUUUUACACACUAUUUAAUCUGCUGUCGUUUAUUGUUUUUGUACAUUUCUAAUAAAAACUUACACUUACAAUAUC